GAGGAUUUGAGAUGAGAUGCAAGUGUGUGGAUGUGAGGUUGCUGUGUAUAUAUGUGCUUUUAAACCUGUGGGUAUUCAGCUAGCCGAGCACCAUCCAACACUGCACUUCGGACCAGAAAAGGCGGCCGCGUUCUCUUCUGCGGUCCGGCCACAAACAACGGCAACAAUGGCCUCAAUGCGUCCAAGGCGACUCGGGAAACCCACCACGCUUAUAUUUCCGACAUUAUUGCUGCUUUCUUUGGGUGCUAUCAAAAUCAGCUCUGCACCGCUCCCUGACAACAGCACAGAUGUGCUCUGGCUGGAGGCUUUCAAGCAUGAGAUCAUUUCCGAUCCCUCUGGAUGGUUGAGCUCUUGGAACUCCAGCUCCAGCCACUGCCUGUGGCCGGGAGUCAAGUGCAGCCCAACACAUCCAGGGCGCGUGGUGGCGCUUCAACUCUUUGGUCUGAACCUGGCUGGCCAGAUAAGCUCCUCCAUUGGGAACCUUACGUUCCUCACAACUUUGAACCUAUCCACAAAUGGUUUCUCUGGCCAGUUACCUCCUCUGGACCAUCUGCAGAAACUCCAAGUCCUGGAUCUGAGCAUGAACCAGCUGCAUGGGAGCAUCCCAUAUGCAAUUAGCAACUGCUCCAACUUAAGGAAAGUAGACCUCGCUAAAAACUUCCUAAUAGGUGAAAUUCCUCCAAAAGUAGGACUCCUCCCCAACCUCUCAGUUUUGCGCCUUUCUUUCAACAACCUCACAGGAGCCAUCCCGCCAAUCCUCGCCAACAUAACUAGCAUGGAAAAACUUAUCCUUUCCUACAAUAGUCUAACUGGGAGUAUUCCUCAUGAGUUUGGGAAACUGACAAAUAUGUCGAGGUUGAGCCUGGGAGGAAAUAGGUUGUCAGGUGGAUUCCCACAGUGUCUCUUCAAUAUUUCUAAAUCUCUUCAAAUAUUAGGCUUGGAGUCGAAUAUGCUAAGCAACAAACUACCAUCUAACAUAGGAGAUGAUCUACCAAAUCUCCAAGUGCUUUAUUUGAAUCACAACAUGUUUGAAGGUCAAAUACCGGCUUCACUAGGAAAUGCUUUAGGGCUGGAAAGGUUAGAAUUAGGAACCAACUAUUUAACUGGCGAAAUUACCAGCUCUUUAGGGAAACUUUCAAACCUUUAUUAUUUAAACCUUCAGCAAAACAAUCUUGAAGCUGUUGACAAACAGAGCUGGGAAUUCUUCAAUGGGUUAACAAACUGUACCAGUCUUGAAGUGUUGUCAUUGGCUGGCAAUCAGCUACAGGGAACUAUACCCAAUACGAUAGGUAACUUCUCUAGUAGCCUCACUGAAAUAUAUCUUGGUGGAAACAAGCUUUCAGGCAUGGUUCGGACAAGUGUAGGGAACCUUGGGAGCUUAUAUUUUCUAGGACUUGAAUAUAACAAUUUAACGGGUACGAUUGAAGAAUGGACCGGGAAGCUAACAAAGUUACAAGGUCUUAAUCUCCAAGUGAACAGCUUCAUUGGGUCGUUACCAUCAUCCCUUGGCCAGCUUACUCAGUUGACAGAACUCAAUCUAGGAAACAAUAUAUUUGAAGGCCCUAUACCACCCACCUUAGGGAACUUGCAACAACUCUCGCUUUUGAACCUUAAUCAGAACAACCUUCAGGCUAACAUACCUACUCAGAUUGGGAGCCUUACAACACUCGUUAGUCUAGAUCUUUCAUCAAACAAGCUUACCGGGAAAAUUCCUGAUACUCUGUCCAAAUGUCAAAACAUACAAACCAUGCAAAUGGCCCAAAACCUUCUUGUAGGGACCAUUCCCAUAUCUUUCCGCAUGCUACAGAGCCUGAGCAUGCUAAACCUUUCCCAUAACAGCUUGUCAGGAGCCAUCCCGGUAUCACUAAAUGAGCUACAGCUCAGCGAGCUAGAUCUUUCAUACAAUCAUCUUGAAGGAGAAAUACCAAGAAAUGGAGUAUUUGAAAAUGCCGCAUCUACUUAUCUCGGUGGCAAUUGGGGACUCUGUGGAGGAGUAGCGAGUCUCCACAUGCCCUUGUGUCAUGCUGUUUCCCGGAGAUCAGAAAUAGAGUACUAUUUGAUUAGAGCUUUGAUUCCAUUAUUUGGCUUCAUGUCAAUCACAAUGCUAGCUUAUAUUACAAUUUUCGGGAAGAAAAGAUCACAAAGGAGAAAAUUGCUUUUUCUCUCUUUUGGUAAGAAAUUCCCAAGAGUUUCUUACAAUGAUCUAAGUCGAGCAACGGGGAACUUCUCAGAGGCAAACCUCAUCGGAAGAGGAAGCUAUGGUUCAGUGUACAGAGGAAAGUUAACUCAGUCAAAGAUACAAGUAGCUAUCAAGGUUUUUGACCUCAGUUUGAAAUGUGCAGAUAGAAGUUUUGUAACUGAAUGUGAUGUUUUGAGAAGCAUCCGACAUCGAAGCCUUCUACCAAUCUUAACAGCAUGUUCGACAAUAGACAAUAACAGUGAAGCUUUCAAAGCUCUAAUCUAUGAAUUCAUGCCUAAAGGGAAUCUGGACACAUGGUUGCAUCACAAGAUUUCGGAUAGAUCUCCGAAAUGUUUGAGCUUAGCUCAAAGAGCAACUGUAGUUGUUUGCGUAGCUGACGCAUUGGCUUAUUUACACUACGACUGUGAAAGGCAAAUUGUACAUUGUGAUGUGAAGCCAACAAAUAUCCUUCUUGACGAUGAUAUGAAUGCUUAUCUUGGAGACUUCGGCAUUGCAAGCCUAGUUGGACAUUCAAGUUCAAAUACCUCGGUCGGACUGAAGGGAACUAUAGGGUAUAUUGCUCCUGAGUAUGCCCAAAGUGGCCAAGCUUCAGUCCAUGGCGACGUUUACAGCUUCGGAAUAGUACUCCUAGAGGUGUUGAUUGGCUUGCUUACUCCAAUGAACCAUCACUUUUUUUACAAUUUUACUACACAUAAAAGGUGGGCUUGCUUACUCUUACUACUCUUGGGCCUCGCAGCCUACUCCAGCGGACCAUCACUUUUUUUACAAUUUUACUACACAUAAAAGGUGGGCUUGCUUACUCUUACUACUCUUGGGCCUCGCAGCCUACUCCAGCGGACCAUCACUUUUUUUACAAUUUUACUACACAUAAAAGGUGGGCUUGCUUACUCUUACUACUCUUGGGCCUCGCAGCCUACUCCAAUGAACCAUCACUUUUUUUACAAUUUUACUACACAUAAAAGGUGGGCUUGCUUACUCUUACUACUCUUGGGCCUCGCAGCCUACUCCAAUGAACCAUCACUUUUUUUACAAUUUUACUACACAUAAAAGGUGGGCUUGCUUACUCUUACUACUCUUGGGCCUCGCAGCCUACUCCAAUGAACCAUCACUUUUUUUACAAUUUUACUACACAUAAAAGGUGGGCUUGCUUACUCUUA